UUCCUACGUAAGCACGCAUGUCUGCUGCAAAGCCUCCAGAAGCUGUUUCGUUUUCUCCAACAAAAAUAACCUUAAAGACUAAUUAAUAAGCUGUUGGUGGCGGUAAUGCAGCACCAAGCUGCAGUGUCAAACAGCAUAAUGUUCAUUUAAACUCAGCUUCAGGUUUAAAUGCAUUUCUGCACCAGUUGAACUCAAGUUUAACACAAUGGCUGAUGGACAGCACUGCUCCUGUUGCUCCCACCCUGUCGCCUCUCCCAGUGUCUACCAGACCUUGAAUGAAAUGGAGUUUGAACGAGGGAUCUGGUCUGCUGCGAUGGACGGGGAUCUAGAGAGGGUCCUGUCUUUGGUCCAGAAGGGCACAGACCCCAACCUGAGAGACACUGCUGGAUACACAGCUCUGCACUACGCCAGUCGCAGUGGGCAUCACGCCGUGUGCAAGUUUCUUCUUGAGAACGGAGCUUGUGCGUCCCCCCAGACGCCGGGCGGUGCCACGCCGCUCCAUCGAUCGGCUUACUGCGGCCAUCUGGACGUGGUCGGACUCCUGCUGCGCCACAGAGCAGACCCAGCGCUCUGUGAUGACGAUGGUGCAUCCGCUUUACAUAAGGCUGCAGAACGGGGUCAUCAGGAGGUGUGUCAGCUGCUUCUGGAGCACUGCCCGGCGCUCUGCAGCCAGGUCAACAAGAGGCUCCAGCUACCCUACCAGCUGGCGCCGCAGGAGGAUCUGCAGCAGCUCUUAAAACCACCUCGGUGACGACGGACGACUCUGCAAGCUGCGAGCUGCUGAAAUCGAACAAAUGAGCUGAAAACAUGCUGGGUGAGGUCUGGAUGAGGCUCAUCUCGACCGGGACUUUCUGUACUGAACGCCAACAAAGAGCCACUGAAUGAAACAGGAUGAACGUUACAUAAAUAUAAUCCUGAUUUUGAUUUCUAGUUUACUGCUUGUGUGAUAAUUACACCUCCUAAGACACAUAAGAGUCUCUGCUGGUGAUCUCAUCUCAUAGUAGGGCCGCUGAAACCUUAAAGUGCUACAAGAAAGUGUAAUAAUCUGAAAAUAUUUUAUAUAUAAUAUAAAUAAAAUAUUUUAGCAAAAAUGCCAUUUCUGUACAUUUUUAUAUUAUCUUUAUUGUUUGCAGCUAAACAACAAAUGAAGGCUCCAAACCUGCUCAUUUCUCCUCAACUGUUUGACCUUUAUUUUAUUGUAUAUGAAGGACUAGUUUAAAUAUAAUAAUAAUAUGAAACAACUAGAAAAAGGCAGUAUUAUAUUUAGGAGGGCUAAGCUAUAAAAUUAUAUCUUAUUUUACGUGUAGAAAUUCUCUGACUAAAGCCAACACUAAUGCCAUCAGAAUCAUUUGAAACCACAUUAAAAACUACAGAAGGUUUAACAUUUUAAAGCAGAAAGUUCUUUGUAAGCGGCUCAGUGAUGAUGGGUUGGAUACUGAAUUUAUGCAGCACAAACUUACUGCAGCAUUAAUGAUUGAAGCCCUUGAACAUGUUUGACAAAGCAGCUUGUAUUAAAACUGGAGGACAACAUCU